GGUACCGAUUCCCCCAAGUCACCUGAUAACAGGGCUGACAGCUGUAUAAAGGGCAGUUUGGGUGAUUUCUCCCACAGUCUUGCUCUAACAUGGCUAAAGCAGUGAUUUGUGUGAUACUUGCAUCUCUGUUAGCCUUCUGUACAUCUGCUCCAGUGAAUGUUCAUGGUGGUUCAGAUUCUCACUGUCCUCUGACGGUUAAGAUUUUGGAUGCCGUGAAAGGCAUUCCGGCUGGAAAUGUAGCUCUGGAUGUUUAUCGCCAGGGUCAAGGUGGGACAUGGGAAAAGAUUGCCAGUGGAAAAGUAGAUGCGUCUGGUGAGGUGCACGACUUGAUAACCGAGCAGGAGUUCACUCCUGGUGUGUAUCGGGUGGAGUUUGACACUAAAACAUACUGGAAGGCCGAAGGUCGCACACCUUUCCACCAGAUAGCUGACGUUGUUUUCGAGGCUCAUGCGGAGGGUCAUCGCCAUUACACUCUGGCUCUUCUCCUGAGCCCCUUCUCAUACACUUCAACAGCCGUGGUGGUCAAAGCACACGACUGACAACCCUGCAAGAUGACCCUGCACGUCAUCCACCUAAACAGAGGAAAAAACACGACACUCACUCCAACCACACCAAUGAAAGACGUCCCACACUGAUCAAGUUUUCAACUAUAAAGUUUUUUUAAUUAUCAUUACAGAGCGUAACGCAGUGAACAGACCGGUACAACAAGAAAAACAAAACAAAAUAAAA